AUGUCUACGCGUGCAGGCUACAUGAUUACUCUGGAACACUUGCGCGAGUUCCAUCGCCUUCGACACCCAGAGGUCAGCAUGGACGACAGCUUUGUACCACCUGGCUUUCCAGUGUACGAGAUUAUCAGGAAGUACAAGUUAUACAAAUUCUUUGAUAUUGGCCCUGUCGUUCUUCCUGGAAAACCUGAAAUGAUAUGGGACCAGGAAAAGACCACUAUUAACCCCAAUUACAGUGCUAUUAUGUUUACUCGGCGCCUCGAGGUUGAGGACCUUGAAGUAUGGCUCCCUCCUCGGGUGCGACCCGGAAAAUUUGAUGAUCUUCGAGCAGGAGAUCUGUUACGGAAGUGUGGAUUGGUUGUCAGUGAAUGGGUCGUGUUGUACACACCAGAAGGCAACCUACUCGCUGCAAAAUACGUUUGCGACCCCAAUGGCUAUGAUUCCGAUACCACAAUGGUUGGAAGAUCCGAAGGGACUGUGGUUCCGAACCCGUAG